AUGAGACGUGCAUCGGUACUUAUUCUGGUACUUUGUACUUUCAUCCUUUUAAACCAAGCCUCCAGCCACAUACUGCCAGCUAUCAGCAACUUCUUCCGAAAUGCCCUCACAAUGGACGAACAGAAGAACUCGACUUCGAGCGAAUUAUCUGAAGAUUAUAAAAAAUACAGCUACAUCAUAACCACUUAUUUAUAG